AUGUGGUUGCUUAAUACCGACAAACUCGACAGACCGAAACUGGUACAAGUUCCCGAAGAAUCAGCACCAAGAUAUGCGAUCUUGUCCCAUACUUGGGGCAAGGAAGAAAUAACAUUUCAGGAUAUCCAAGAGUUGAGCCGUAGAGAAUGGUCUCGAGCAGUCUCUCAAACUGCAAUGACAAUUCAAAAGAAAAAGGGCUUUAUCAAGAUUCGUAGAGCGGCGGCUAUAGCGGCUGAUCACGGAUACAAUCAUGUAUGGGUAGAUACAUGUUGCAUAGACAAAACCAGCAGCGCCGAGCUAUCUGAAGCUAUCAAUUCAAUGUUCAGGUGGUAUAGGCAGGCAUCAAUUUGCUAUGCUUACAUGGAGGAUGUCAAACAUGGCUAUCAUGAUAGGAAAGGGGGCCUUUUCUCUUUACUCUGUCGGAAUAGCCGCUGGUUUACUCGGGGUUGGACUUUGCAAGAGCUCAUUGCACCAGAAGAUGUCAUCAAAGCGCAUGACGGGUACAUACGCGUUUCACUUGCGCAAAUCACUGGGAUCGACGUCAGAGUGCUUGAAGGAAUUAUCCAGCCCAGUGAGAUAAGCAUCGCUUCGCGGAUGAAAUGGGCGUCGCAGCGAGAGACAACUCGAAUAGAGGACGCCGCCUACUGUUUAAUGGGACUUUUCGACGUCAACAUGCCCUUGAUAUACGGAGAGGGCACAAAAACUUUUAUAAGACUGCAAGAAGAAAUUCUGAAGAGUUCGAGUGAUCACUCCAUGUUCGCAUGGAAGGCGCCAGAAACAGGUUCCAAUGAGGCUCUCACUGGACUUCUUGCUGAAACAUCUCAAUACUUCGCCGACGUGGGCAAUUACCGGCCAAUGCCCCCAUCAGCUUCUCGGGGGAGCGCCACAUGGAGCACGACGAACCAGGUGAAAGCCAGGAUGACUACUAUGCUAUUCUGGAGUGCGCGUUACGACGCAGCGAUGAGGCAUACCAGAGUCCAGCGAUUCGUAUGA